AGAGCCCUGCAACCAGGUAGUCAACUGCCUAGAGACAGCCCAGUAGGCUCACUUGUCUUCAGACAGGAGAGAAAGCAGGAUGUUCUCCUGUUGUUUUCGAGUUCGUGGAGGCUCAGACCUCAAGACUGAGAAAAGUAGAGGCCAAGGUGAAGGCCAUGGUGGUGCCCGGAGAAGCUGGGUUCACUCCUGCCUCCAGUGCCUCUGGCCAUUUGGUCAGAAAGAAAAAACCUUGAGUCAGGGCAGCCAGGACCAGGACCGCAUAGACCAGGUGGAGAAGGAGUCCUUGCUCUCUCCUCAGGUGGAGAAGGAGUCCUUGCUCUCCCCUCAGGUGGAGAAGGAGUCUGCACCAAAGGAGUCUGCCCCAAUUGUCCUGAAGAACACUGCCCCAGAGGAGAGGAAGGAGUCUUUCCCAAGCGACCUUGAAGAGUCUGGUCCAAAGGACACUAAGGAGUGUGGUCCAAAGGAGCCCAGUGUGUUUGCCCCAAAUGAGCCAAAGGAGUUCUGCAUCAACACGCUGGAUGUGCUGGUGGAUAACAUGUUGACUGCUGUGAAGGACGGAGACCGGAAUUCUCUCAUAGCCUACCUCUAUAUAUACCCGAUGUGUGCCACCAUCCAGCAGAUACUCGACCUGCUCUUCAGACGGUAUGCAUACUUCCGUCCUGGAUGUGAAGAAGAUGAAGAAAUAAAGAACAUCAUCUGUACCCUCCUGCACACAUGGAUGGACGAGUUCCCCGGAGAUUUUUCAAAUACCACAAACCUGUCUGCACUUAAGAAGGUGAAGACCUACCUGAUGUUGAACAUUCCGUACUCAGAUCUUCUUGUUCGUUUCCAUGAGAUCCAUAUGAGUUUGGAGGUAGAAGUGGACAGUGAUUCAGAGGACAGCGAAUGAGUAAGCCCAGAUCCUCAGAGCUGCAGGGAGAGCCGCACAUGGACAGAUCUAACCAGCAUCAAAGACAGCUACUCUUGAGCCUGACCCAUCUUGUGCACUGAGCGGGAGAGCAGAAAACCUACGAGAAAGAUCUGUGCCACGUGUGCAGAUGGAGCAGCAGUUGGGUCCCCACUCCUGCCAUUAGCCGUGGAUGCUCUGGCCACUCGACCUCUCAGCCUGUCAGCAGACACAGUGCAACUUUGUGGGGGGGGGAAUUAACUCUCCCAGGAACAGUCCGGCCCCCUUGCUCAUCUCAGUGUCCCUCAUCUCUCUGCUCUGCAGACAGCACCAGUCCUGUUGUUCCCCACAGAAUCACCCCUGGUUUCAGCCCAGCACCAUUCCCAGACCCCCAGCAAGCUACCCCUCCCAAGUCAUAGUUUUUCUUAUUGUUAUAGAUUUUUUCA